AUGCCCCUCCAGUCGAUCAUCGGCUCACUGCGCGCAAGAGCACGCGCACAGCGUAGCGCCUCACUCCAAGCCAACACCGGCAAGCUGCAAUGGCGUCUGACAGAGGUCUUCGUCAGGAUGUGGGAUCUUGGCUUCACGGCAUUUGGCGGACCUCCUGUGCAUUUCCAGAUCCUCCAUCGACGUUUUGUCGAAGGCUUGGGCUAUGGUGGAGGUAGCAAAUGGGUGGAUGAACAAACAUACCAAGAGAUCUUUGCCAUCUGCCAGGCGCUACCUGGACCAGCCUCUACCAAGAUGCUCUUCACAAUUGCGAUGAUACACGCAGGCGUCGUCUCAGCCGUGUUCGCUUUCCUACUGUGGAGCUUGCCAGGUGCCAUUGGGAUGUACGGCCUGUCUCUCGGCGUGCAAAGGAUGCCAGAUCGGUUACCACCAAUCGUAUAUGCAUUUCUGAGCGGGAUGAACGCUAGUACGGUCGGUAUCAUCGCUCUGGCCGCUGUGCAGCUGGCACAGAAAGCGAUUCAGGAUCGCCUGACCAGGAUCUUGGUAAUCAUGGGUGCCUGCGCCGGUAUCUGCUAUAACGCCUUGUGGUACUUUCCGGUUUUGAUCGUUUGUGGCGGCACAACCACCGUGAUCUGGGAUGUCUGGCUCGCCCAGAGAAUAGGCAAGCUUAAAGCUAAGUGGGAAAGUAAGAGAAGAAGGGCCAGGAAUGAAGCCGGGGAUGCGGAGGAAUCAAGUACAUCACAAGACAUCCAGCCUGCAGAGCAGCUGCAGAUACGUCGCCCGGAAGCUGUUAAGAGAAGGGUACAAGCCGGUAGUUCCACAGAUCGUAUGGUUUUAGACGAUGAGGAUGCAGGCCCAGGUCGAGCCGACAGCCGGCGGAGCACAGAACUUGAUACGACAACGAACCCUCCACCGGUAGCUGACGUCAAGACCCACAACAUCUCUAUCAAGCUUGGGGUUUCCCUAUUCGCAGCAUUUUUGGCAUCCUUUCUUGCAGUAAUGGUCAUCCGUGGCACCAUCCCUGACCGACCGUUAAUCUUCGAUCUGUUCUCUAACAUGUACCUGGCUGGUACGAUCAUUUUUGGCGGCGGGCCCGUCGUAAUCCCCCUUCUGCGCUCGUACGUUGUAGAUCCGGGCUGGGUUUCACCACGAGACUUCCUUCUAGGUCUUGCCAUCAUUCAGGCAUUGCCCGGGCCCAACUUCAAUUUCUCUGUAUACCUUGGAGCUCUGACGCUCGCAUCAACAGGGAUACCAACCAUCUUCGGAGGCUUGCUCGCAUUCUUUGGCAUCUUCUUCCCUGGCCUAGUCCUAACGGUCGCCGCACAGUCGAUCUGGCAGGUCAUGCGAACCAAAGCGUGGGUGCUGAGUCUGCUGAGAGGAAUCAACGCGACGGCAGUAGGUUUAGUCUUCACUGCCGUCUACAGGCUUUGGGAGAUUGGCUAUCUCACGCCGGAGAGCAGUGAUGGUACGAGCCUGGGCAAUGAACCGUGGUGGGUUGUCGUUGCUACACUCGCCUAUGCAGAGACUGCGUGGUUUGGCACGCCACCCGCUGUUGCCAUCAUAUUUGGAGCUGUCUUAGGACUAGGAUGGUAUGGCGCGGUUGGGCAGUAA